UGCGCAUUUUAGCCAUUACCAGUGCCCUUCGUCUUCACCCGCACACAGAGAAAAAAAAAUCAAUUUCGCUCUCGCUCGACGAGGAAACCUCUCCCGUUCUUAUCUUCAUAUCUACGCCACGCAUUUCAAACCCAUCUCUACUAUCUCUAUCGGAAACCCUACAUCUCCUUCUUCUAUGGAAGCUUAUAGUUAAAAUCCGUAACUUUCGACAUUCAUCCGAUAGUUGAAUCGGCAAAUUUCAUGGGUUUGCAGCACCCGGACGGGAUACCCGUUGAUUCAUCAGCUGAAGAGCUCGAAUUUUGACCUGAUUUCGUUACCGCCACGCGGAUUUUAGUAUUUUACGGUUUGGUUGGUAAGUUUUGGAAUUUGAAAUGCUGAUUUGGGUUGUUGGAAUUAGGUCGCUUUGGUAGUCUUGUAGUGAAAAGUAGAAAUUAUUAGGUUUUAGGUUUUGACGAUUUAAGCAGUGGGAAUGAUGUCGGUGGAGAGAUCGUUUGAAGCGUGGGAAGAGGUGCAAAGGCAAAGCCAAGAUUUUGCUGAUAAACUGACACAGGGAUUUACAGGAUUGAUUCAGUCGCAUAUUGUCCCUCCCUCGUUUUCAUGGCCAAACCCGCAGACACCCAAGCUAUUUGAUGUGGAAUUUCCAGCUCAAAAUUUUGUUCCCAAGGACUUUGGGCUUGCGGUGGAUAAAGCAGGCAGUCAUGGGGUUUCUGCAAUUUUUGAUAUAGGGAACAGGAUAGGGCAGGCUGGAGCAGACUUUGGGGCUUGUUUGGAUGGUAUGGUUCAGCAGUUUAUCAGAUGGUUUCCAGCCCCAUUUAAGCAUGAAGAGAUUGCUGGGGUGUCUCUCCAGGCGGACGCAAAUAUUCAAAGAACUGAUUUGGUUAUUACUAGGCAGGAGGAUUUGGGGUCACUGGCAGAACGGUUUAGAGAUUUUGGGUAUGUGGAAAAUGCCUCAGCUCAAGAGGGCUCCACUGAAGAAGAAAGUUUUGGUGCUAAUCUGAAGAAAUUGAAACAUUUUGGUAGAUCACAGGGUACCUUUAAUUUUACAUCAACUUACAACAGCAGGACACGGAAUAUUGAGAGCUCUCUUGUUGCAAGGGGAGAUUUAUGGAGAGUUGAAGCAUCACAAGGCCGUUCGACAUCUGGAAAUGAGAAUUCUUCUUUAUUCUUACUUCAGCUUGGACCAGUUCUAUUUGUUCGCGAUUCAACACUCCUUUUGCCUGUUCACUUGUCGAAACAACAUUUGCUUUGGUAUGGUUAUGACAGAAAGCAUGGAAUGCAUUCUCUUUGUCCGGCUGUGUGGUCAAAACAGCGAAAGUGGCUGUGUAUGUCAAUGAUCUGUCUCAGUCCUUUGUCUUGUUCAUUUAUGGACUUGCAGUUUCCAAAUGGUCAAAUAACCUAUAUAUCUGGAGAGGGCCUAUCCACCAGUGCUUUUGUACCUCUGUGUGGAGGUUUACUUCAAGCCCAGGGCCAAUAUCCAGGAGACAUCAAGCUCAGUUUCUCUUGCAAGACUAACUGGGGGACAAGCAUCACACCCACACUACAGUUGCCUGACAAGUCAUUUACCCUGUGCCUUGCACAGCCAUUGGCGUGGAAGAGAUCUGGUCUCAUGUAUAGACCUACUGUUCAGUUGAGUUUAUAUCCCACAUAUGGCGGAAGUAACCCUGGGGUGCAGGCUGAAAUUACACAUUCUCUUAAGAAAGAGCUAAAUCUCAUCUGCGGAUGUGCGCUUGCAAGGCAUUCUUCUGCAUUUGCAUCAUUAUCUCUUGGGAGGUCCAAGUGGAAUGGAAAUGUUGGGAGCUCAGGGAUGGUUUUCAAGGUUGAAACUCCGAUUGGGCGAGCUGGCAACCCUUCCUUCUCAGUACAGUUCAAUAGUGGAUUUGAGCUUUGAAUUGUGGUGUUUUGUUUUGUUUUGUUUUGUUUGGUGCUGGUGCUGUCAAAUGUUAAUAGCUUGAUGUCAUAGCAUCAUAAUAUAUAUUUUGUGAAUAACAACAAUAUUGCUAGCAGCCGGUUUUGUUUCAUACUUCAA